GCAAGAAUUACAUAUAUAUAUAGCAUUUUAUUUUCUUUAUAUAUACAUUAACUGUGUAAUUAUUAGAGAAAAUAAAAUGAAGGGCAUCCAUUACUUACUAGUGGUUGCCACAUUGGCUGUGGCAGCCUCCAUUGUCUCUGCCUAUGAUCCAAGCCCUCUUCAGGACUUCUGUGUGGCAAUAGAUGAUCCAAAAAAGGCCUUGUUCGUGAAUGGAAAAUUCUGCAAAAACCCAAAACUAGUGAAGCCAGAAGAUUUCUUCUUCUCAGGGCUCAACAUGGCCGGAGACACCACCAACCCAGUCGGAUCCAACGUCACCACCGUCAACGUGGACACCCUCCCGGGGCUGAACACCCUCGGCGUCUCACUGGUGCGUAUAGACUACGCUCCGUACGGCCAGAACCCCCCUCACACUCACCCACGCGCCUCCGAGAUACUGGUGGUGGUGGAGGGAACGCUGUACGUGGGGUUCGUGACGUCGAACCAAGCUGACGGUAAGAACCUUCUGUUCACGAAGAUCCUGAACAAGGGUGACGUGUUCGUGUUCCCAAUAGGGUUGAUUCAUUUCCAGCUCAAUAUCGGAAAGACUCCGGCGGUGGCUUUUGCCGGUCUUAGUAGCCAAAACCCUGGAGUCAUCACCAUUGCUAAUGCUGUGUUUGGAGCCACGCCUCCCAUCAAUCCUUAUCUUCUUGCUAGGGCUUUCCGUUUGGACAAGAAUGUUGUGCUAAACCUUCAGAAGCAGUUCUGGUCCAGUAAUUGAUGCAUGGUUUGUGUUGUCAGAAAGAAGAGGAAAGGUUAAUAAUAAUAAUAAGAGCUGGAUUAUUAUUUAUAAGAUCAUAGUUAAUGUUGUUUUGGUUGAUUAUGUAGUUUUGUGUAACUAUCGGUCUUUGAAU